AUGGCUGCGCUGCCUUUGGUUGCUGCAGAAGCAGCAGAAGACGAUCAGUACAUAUGCGUUGGAGGCGAGGCGGAGACAGGAGAGGCAGCAACUGCAGCAGCUUCUCCUGCAACUACAUUAGCAAAAACAGCAGCUGCAGCAUCCGCUGUGGUUGCUGCAGCUGCUGCACAAGACACGAACCGAGCAGCAGCAGGUGCUGAUGCCCCCGUGCCUGUAUUACCAGCAGCAGCAACAUCAGCAGCAGCACCUCAACAAGAGGAAGCAGCGAGAAGGCCUAUCGAGGUAUCCGUCCCAUCAGUAGCAGCAGCAGCAGCUGCUGCUGCUGCUGCACCUUCUGCUGCACAAGCAGUAGAAACAGCAGAGUGCAGCAUUAGCAGCAAGGGAACAGCUCCCAGUGGCUUUGCCUGUGCAGGUAACUCGUCAGCAGCAGCUGCAGCAGCAACAGCAGCAGCAGCUUCGGUUGAGGAGGAUAUGGCAGCUGCAGCAGCAGCAGCAGCAGAAGCAGCGUGGAUAGCCGCGGGAAAGACAGACUGCGUAGGCAGUUGGUUGCCCCUGCUGCCUCCUUCUUUCAGCUGCAUUUUUCCUGAGCCUUUGAAGCAGCUGCUGUUUGUGCAGCAGCAGCAGCCGCAGCAGAUCAGAGAGGCGCUUGCCAGGUUGCGAAGACAGCGUGUGAGGAACAAGCUUCAGCUGCAACAGCUGCAGCAGCAGCAGCAGCAGCAGCAACAGCAACAACAGGUUGAGAAGCAGCAGCUGCUGCAGCAGCAAGCUCGGCAGCAGCAGCAGCGGCUAGAAUCCUUGGCAGAAGGCCUCGCGUUCCUUGAUACUUUUCUUGCUGCAGCUCUGCGCUGCGCUGAGCAGGGCACCAGCUGUCGCUGCCCGUCAGAGGCUUGCAAUCGCAGGGGGAAGCAGGUCCAGCAGCAGCAGCAACAGCAGCAGCAGCAACAGCAGCAGCAGGAACAGCAGGAACAGCAGCAACAACUGCCAGAGGAACGGAUGCUGCGAGAAGAGUCUCAGCAGCAGGAAGCUGAACAGCACCUCCAGCCACCGGAGCAGCAGCCGCAGGAAAGGCAACAGCAAGAGCAGACGCGAAGCCGCCAGCAGCAGCAGCAACGCAUUGACGAUGCAAAGCCACAGCAGACGGAGCAGCAAGAGCAGCAGCAGAUGAUGCGGGACCAGCAGCAACCGGAGCAGCAUCAGCAGCAAAUGCAGCAGCCGGUAGACGGAGACGUCCUAGAAGCGCAGCAGCAGCAAGAGGUGCAGCACGCGCAGCAACAGGAAAACGCAGUGCCACAGCUAACCGAGCAGCAGCAGGAGUUGCUGCUGCUGCCAGACCAGCAGCAUCCAGAGCUGCCUCAGCAGCAACCACAGCAACGGGUAGACGAAGACAGCAGAGGAGCGCAUCAGCAGCAAGACCAGCAGCACGAGCGCCAACAGCAGAACGCAACGCCACAGAAAUCAGAGCAGCAGCAGCAGCAGCAGCUGACAGACCAGCAGCAGCCAGAACAGCUUCGGCAGCAACCACAGCAAGGGGUAGACGGACACACCCUAGAGGCAGAUAUUCAGCAAGAGCAGCAGCAGCAGAGCGCAGUGGAGCCGGUGCAGCAACAGCAGCAGCAGGAAGGGCAGCAGGUGCAGCAGGAGCCAGAAGGAAUUGCAGUUGAAGAUGCAGCAGCGUACUACGAAGACACCUCGUCUCCUCGUGGCUUUGCAUACAGCCCUGGGGUGUACAUGUACACCCCAGAGAGCUGCCCGCAAUCUCCCGUGAGCUGCGUAUACACCCCAACAAAUCCUCCUCCAGAAGCGGCUGUGUCGCAACAGCAGCAGCGGGAAGAGGAACAGCAAGGACAGCAGCAGCAACCGCUGCAGCAGGGGCCGCAGCCAUUCUCAACUGAUGACGGCUGUGUUUACGCUUCAGCACAAAGCCCGCCGUCCAGCAGCAGCAGCAGCAGCCACAGCAGCAGCAGCAGCAGCAGCACAAGCCACGGGGCUUCGCAAUCAGGAGGCCACAACAAGAGGAAGCGCCAAGAGCCAAUCGAGCUGGUGCAGCUUUCCAGCGACAGCAGCAGCAGCAGCAGCAGCAGCAAAAGCAGCAGCAGCCAGAGUGACUCCGAUGACGGCUUGCAGGUGCUCUCCUCCCCUCCUCUUGUAGGAGUGGCAGCAGCAGGAGCAGAGGCAGCCGUAGAGAUGAAUGGAGCAGCAACUGCAGCAGCAGCAACUGCAGCAGCAGCAACUGCAGCAGCGACGACCGCAGCAACACCAGCCCAAGCAGUUGCUGCGAGUGCAGCAGCAACCGAGAUAACAACAGGAGUUGCGACAGUAUCGAAUGAGGCCUCAGGUGUGCCAGCAGCAGCAACAACGGCAGCAGGACCGGCAGCAGCAGCAGCAGCAGCAGCACCAACGGCAGCAGGACCGGCAACAAUAGCAGCAACAGAAGCACCAACGGCAGCGGCACCAGCAACAGCGCCAGCACCUGCUGCUGCUGCUGCUGAAGCUUCAGCCCCAUCUGUAACGGCUUCGAAGCCAAGAGGAGGGUCAGCAACGAAAGCAGCACAAGCAGGGGCGGCAGCAGCAGCAACAGCAACAGCAACAGCAGCAGCAGCAGCAGCAGCAGCAAGCGACACGCAUUUGCUGCUGCGAGUAGACUGGGCUAAGAUGGAAGCCAGCUGUCUUCACAGGUGGCUCUCUUUCUUUGGCCUGAAGGUUGGGGGCCUCUCGCAGCAGCAGAGUGUCUCUAUGCUGCAGCAGAUAUGUCGUUACCUUGUCACAGGAACACCCAACGCCCUACCUGCUGCUGCUGCUGCAGCUACAGCCCCUGCUGCUGCUGCUGCUGCUGCUGAGCAAACACAAGGGAGUGGCCAGCCGGCUGCUGCGGCUGCUGUUGAGACGGAACAGCAGCAGCAAACAGCAGAUCCAGCUGCAGCUGAUCCCACUGCCGCAGCAGCAGCAGCAGCAGCAGCAGUUGCUGGUGGUGCUGCAGAAGCACCACCUACUCAGGCUCGCAAGCGACAGAAGAAGCAGCGCACGGCCGGCGGCACCGCAGCCAACAACUCUAUGGCUCCUGCUCCAGGUUUACUGGGGGUGGCGCCGGUAACGUCAUGCUGA